CUCUUCAGAUGAUCCUAUUUUCAGCCUGCUGUAUCUGUGGGUUGAUCAGUGGGAUCCUAAACUUCCAGUUUGUGCGUGUGGUGGCAAAGCGUCCCGAUGCCCUGCCGUCCCUCUACCUGGCCAUCAUGGUGCUGGCCUGCCUGGGCAUCGGAGUGUCCAUCCUGUUUACCUGGCUCACCUGUCGUCUGGCCAGCAGCGAACAGCAGAGGAUGUACCUGGAGAGAGAGCUGUCCCUGCACCACUCCCAUGAGAUGAGUGAAAAGGAGUUGGCUGAGAGAUCUGAGAGAGCAGCCAGCAUUCCCCAGAUCUCCUUCAAUGGAAAGUCCUCCCCUCCAUUGUCAUUAGGCUGAAGCCCAGCUGUGUUACUGCAUUCAAAGCAACAUGGAGACAAUGUUGGUUUCAUACAACACCAACGGUG